AUGGAUCAACGUACUGAUGUCUUUGAAGACGUCCAGGCAAUUCGCCACAAGUUGAAAGUUUCCGUAAAGAAUUUACGGAACCUGGUGGAGAGUCUGACUACAAAUAGUGACAAACAAGACGAACGGUUGAAGACCGCGCUACUCGUCGAAGCUAGGCAUAUCAUUGAUGAAGUCAGUUUGAUAUUAUUAGCUAUGAAGGUUGACAUUGCGAACGUCAAUCUGGAGGUGACCCAGAUCCGACUGCUGGCCUUUCUCUUGAAGAGUAAUGCCGAGCUCGAGAAAAUUCUUAGCGGCCGACCAUGCAAGGAUCUUGAUUUAGUGAGCAGUAUUGUUGUGCAAGGGCUCAGCUGCGUGGAUUCCCUUGGUUCUGAUGGGAAGCUCGAAACUAUUCAGACUGCAUCCACUCCUGAAGCUAACACUUCGAGUAUCAGUAUCGCUUGUGAUCGCCCUGUUAGUCCUGGCAGCCAGGAGAAAGCACAGAGCGAAGGUGCGGAAGAGAUGGUCAUAUCCUAG